CAUUGGUGGGACGUGCCAGUCAUUUGCAAAUCUGAAAACCUUCCCCAUUUCAAGUGUUUUUGCCAUCGAAAAUGAAAGUUCAAUUUUGCAUAAUUCUGCUCACAGCCAGCCUAGUGCUGGUAAUCGGAGAUAUUUGCAAUAUUCGGUUGGGCCGACGUGAAACCGGUGACUUCCAAAUGUACACACUUCACGCCACUAAGGGACCUUUUUCUGAGGCGCAGAACCUAUCACUGACGUUCGACUAUCAGGUCAGCCCAGUGGACACAGUCGAAGUGACUUUCGUUGAGGUUAAUACUAAUCUGCAGAACCAAUGCGUGGCAACUAUGCCGGUCACUAAUUUUAGUAGAGAAUUUCAAAUCACAAUAACAACUGAGGAGCCUGUGACUGCAUUCUACGGGUCAGCAACUAUUUAUGGAAUACGACGGUUUUAAAACUGAAGUUUAAAAUGCAAUUUAUAUUGAGAUAUACAUAUAUUUUAAAAUUUGUGAUUGAGGUUCAUCGACUACAAGUCAUUAUUACAAAUUCCCCUAUUUUAGUCAUCUUCAUAUCCAUUCUUUAAUAAAAAUGUAUGAUCACAAUACAUGAAAUACAUUCGACUCUUGCAAGGCUUAUAAUUCUUAAAUUGUUCAUACAUUGCUUAGCUUUAGGUAUAAGUAUAUCGGCUCUAGAACCAAUUAUGGCACUACCUUAGGAAAGCUAUUUAUACAAAAAUAACGAGAAGACCAAUGAAUGUCAUGAAUAAGUUAAAAGACAGCUUAGUUUACAUACUUUACAGGAAAAAUAAAGAAACGGAGCCAAAACUA